AUGCCUUCGAUGUACCAAAGCCGGUCGAGUGUGCGAGGGCUAUACGCAAUCAAAAGCAUGGCUGUUGCAGUCCGCAACGCGUGGACCAUCGCCGCCCGAAGAAAUUGUCCCGUGUAUUUCCUGGAAUGCACGGCGCCUCGAAUCUCCUCCUACUUUGCCGAGAUGAUGGACUCCUUCGUCGACGAUAAAGCCAUGGUUCAGUACUCGUCUAGCUCGGCAUGGAACUUUUGGAAUCGGUUGGUCCCCCAAGCAAGCCGGAACCAGGCUUGUGUCCGUCAUAGCUUGGCUGCCUUGAGUAGCCUGCAUGAAUGGAUCGAGCUCACGAAACGAACACCUUGGCAGAACCACACCUUUACCCUCUACUACACCAAAGCCAUCACCGAGAUCAAUCAGAGUCAAAGUGCCUUGCCCCUCGAGAUCAUCUUGAUCUCAUGCAUCCUCUUCGCUCACUGUGAUUUCCUGAUGGGCGCAUCCGCCGCUGGACUCACUCAUCUGAAAUCUGGACAUCGCAUUAUUUCGGAGAACCGAAGAAGACAAGCCAUAAUUGCUCCAGAAGUUGCCGAAUUCAUUGAGCCUAUAAUACAUGGAUUCAUGGCCAAGUCGGAAAACUAUGCACUACGAGAAGAGACGGGAUCCAAGGCCAACUCGACAGAAGGUGUGACGUACGCGGUUCCUGACAUGCCCGAGAUAUUUGAAGACCUGGCUCAAGCAAACAAGCAUCUACAACAGGCUGUCUACAUGGUCCUCCUUCUUGAACUGGGUAAACCACACCAUUCAAAGCCGAUGAUCCCAGGUGUCCGCAAGUACGUCGCUGACUGGGCGAGCGCGUUCGGCCGCUGGAAAGCAAACCUGGAGCUUGACGAACCGCUUCUUAAGGACUGGCAGCUGUUGCUACUUGCUCACCACCGGAUGGCCCUGCUGAUCUUGAAGACUCUUCCUCCAGACAAUGACUGCUGUUACAGUCGUGCCGCCGCCGACUUCCGAAUCAUGUUCGCUCAGCUGCGGACCUUCUUGCGCAGUGGAUAUACUACAAUGGAAAGGGGACACGACAGCAACCUCGUCCUAAAGGUGCACUUAGGCUUUAUCACGCCGCUGUACUUUAUUGCUACACUGUGCCGCGUCCGCGAUAUCCGCCGAAAUGCGCUCGAGGCAUUGCAAGACUUGAGGAUCGUCGAGGGCCAUUGGAACAGCUGUGUGGCUUAUGCCGUGGCUAAAACCGUCAUUGAAAUCGAGGAGGCGUACGGCGAGACUCUGAUGAGGGUACAGCGUAUCAAGGUCGACAGUGUUGAUCGAGUGAAUGAUGGGAGUCUUGAGAUCAGAUACCACAAAGUGCCAGGACACGGGACUCACGGCGAUGCUGUCACGAGACGUAUCACAGAGCCUUGCUGUCACCAUGAAACAAACAUGCAAUGGGUAAGGGCCCUUGAAAACUUGCAUGCUCCCACUAACGACUCGUCCAGCCGCUACGGACACCCGUGUGAUGACGACCUGAAGAUGUGCACCGUGGACCUGGAGCCGCCGUGA